ACGUCUCGCCCCCGAAGCCUCCAGCAGUCGAUCGGCUCGUUCGAUCACACGACACAUGUCCUAUCUUCGCCUUCUUCCCUCUACUCCGUCUCCUUCUCCCUCUGUCUCUCUCUCCGAGGAAGCCGACAACGACGGCUCUGUCUCCCCGGCAUCUCUCUCUUCUUCUUGCUCCCUCUCUGCCUCCCCGUCACCUUUGCCAUCGCCAUGAGUUUUCUGGAGGAGAGAGCCCUCAGCGAAGCAUCGCUUGCGCCCCGUGAUCGAUUGACGAUCCGGCAAGUCCAUCAUCCCCGCCUUAGUCCAGAUCUUCGGCGGCUUGCGCACUUCUUCUGCACGGAAGGUGUGUAUGCAGCGGCGGUGUUCAGAAUCGAAGGCCGGCCUGACGCGGUGGUACUGGCCGAGGCGGUAGCAGUUCAUCAGCGAGCGGUGCCCGGUGUCAGCCGCAUAUCGGUCAUCAUCAACUUCAGUGGCGAUCUCUCCACGCUCCUUCCCUUACAACAUUCGGCGGUGAAGGCGUCGCUGCGCACGUGGGCGAACGAUCUGAUCGCCGAGUGGACCCAGCUUCUGGCUCGUCACGGGGAUACGAUCGCGACGACACGAGCAAUCGAGUACGACGGCCUUCGGAUGUAUCAACGAGAUCCGCCGACGGAACUCCCUAUCCUCGUUCCCUUCCCGCUGGUCGGCUUGCGUAAAGGGAGCCGCAGAACGCAUCCCCCGCCGUCGCAGCAACGAUAUUUGGAUCCCCGGACGACUCUCGAUCCUGCCUUCUUCAGGUACCCUACAGCGGAGCAGUUUGCUGCCAUCCGAGAAGAAGAGGAGGAAGAAGAGAGCACCGGGAGUGACGAAGGAGAAGACGGGCAGGAAGAAGGCGGGGAUAGCGACAAAGUGCUCGCUGAAGAGGACGAAACCCCCGAGGAAGGAAGCUAUAACGAGAAUAACGAGGGGGAACAGAGCGAAGAAGAAGAAGACGAGGAAGGAGAAGAGGAGCACGAAGAGGGGCCUGCUGGAUCGGAGUGGAAAGCUGUGCCGAAAGAAGCAUUGCGUACAGGCACGGAGGCUGAAGAUCCUGAGGCGGGUCGCAAAAGAGAAGAGAUCGCGGCCGGGAAGGAGUUAGAACUCGCGAGCGCGACGAGUCUGCACAUCCACGGCGACCCAAACCGAGAUCCGGAACCGCCCCGACCUGAAGAUGGCGACCUCGCGGCCACGACUCCGACCCCAUCAGCACGGCGACGGAGCCGAUCCCCCUCCUUCCCAACCCGUCCCCCAGUUCGCCGACGUGCCGAUACGGGCGAUCGGUCUUCGUCCCCGAUCACUCUCUCGCCGACCCCUUGAUUACCUCACCCUCCGCCAACUCACCACCCCCGUCACGUUCCCCUCCAAUCCGUUCCCCCGCGACACCUUCCGCCAUU